AACCCUUUUCGCAGCUCUCAUCGUCUUGCCUUCACUCUAAUCCCUCGAUCGAUCGAAGUUUAUCUUGUUUGAUUCCUUUGUGUCCUUUGCUAGGGAGCCGUUCGUUGUCUGUCCCGUUGUUCUUGAAGUCCCUGCGGGCUCAAACCAUUCUGAUUAGAAGUCAGUUGCACGCUAAUCAAUUCUCAGAAGCUGAAAAAAACAACCAAUUUUCAGCUGGAAAGCUGAACCUAUGCAUCUGUGACUGUCGUAUAUGAACUAUCUUGGCAUCAACUACAAUGUCCGGGCUACUCAAUUCUACUCUCAACGGUUCAACCUCCAAUCUUCCUGAUUCUACAGGCAGGCCUUUUGCAACGUCAUUUUCUGCUCAAUCAGCUACAGCUCCAGGUUUUCAUCACUCUGGCGGUGUGCAAGGACUGCAUAAUAUCCAUGGAAGCUUCAAUGUUCCAAAUAUUCCACCUUCCCUUGCAUCGAGGAAUGCAGCACUUAGUGGUGUCCCAUCAAGUGGAGUUCAACAACCUGGGGGAAGCAUUUCAAGUGGACGAUUUACAUCAAACAAUAUUCCAGUUGCCAUGUCUCAGAUAUCGCAUGGGGGCUCUCAUGGCCAUUCUGGGGUAACAAGUAGAGGUGGCAUAAACGUGGUUGGGGGCUCUGCUUACAGUAGUAGCAUGAAUGGCGUUGGUGUUUCAAUACCUGGGCUUUCCUCAAACUCUGGUACAGGUGGUAGUCGCAAUUCAGUUCCUGGUUUGGGAGUAUCUCCAAUUUUGGGAAAUGUGAGUUCUCGAAUCACAAAUUCAAUGGGCAAUAUUGUUGGUGGAGGCAACAUGGGAAGAGGGAUAAGCUCUGGAGGAUUGUCAAUUUCUGGUCUUACAUCACGUGUUAAUUUAGCUGCUAAUAGUGGUUCAGGGAGUCUUAAUGUGCAAGGGCCCAACCGAUUGAUGGGUGGCAUGCUUCAACAAGCAACACCACAGAUGAUUGGUAUGCUUGGGAGUUCCUACCCAGGACCUGGAGGACCGCUAUCACAGAGCCAGCUACAAUCUGGAAAUAAUCCUUUGAACACAAUGGGCAUGCUAAAUGAUGUUAACUCUAGUGACAGUUCGCCCUUUGACAUUAAUGAUUUUCCUUUGUUGUCUGGGAGACCAAGUUCUGCUGGAGGACCACAAGGACAAUUGGGCUCACUGCGAAAGCAAGGAAUGGGAGUUAGCUCCAUUGUCCAACAAAACCAGGAAUUUAGCAUUCAAAAUGAAGAUUUCCCAGCUUUGCCAGGAUAUAAAGGUGGCAGCUCAGAAUUUUCUAUGGAUUUGCAACAAAAAGAACAGCUGCAUGAUAAUGUGCCGAUGAUGCAGUCACCACAUUUCCCUAUGGGAAGAUCUGUUGGGUUUAACUUAGGAGGGACUUAUUCAUCUAACCGUCAACAACAACAACCUCAUGCAGCUUCUGUCAGUACAGGUGCGAUGUCUUUUGUACCUGGAAACAACCAAGAUCUUCUUCAUCUGCAUGGUUCUGAUCUGUUUCCAUCACAUGGAACAUAUCAUUCUCAGGUUCAGAAUAGUGGACCCCCUAGUAUUGGAUUGAGGCCACUAACUUCGCCAAGUGCAGCCUCUGGAAUGGCAGGCUAUGAGCAGCUUAUGCAGCAGUAUCAACAUCAGCAGAGUCAAUCGCAAUUUAGGUUGCAGCAAAUGUCAGCUGCCACUCAGUCAUAUAGAGAUCAGAGUAUUAAGCCUAUGCAGGGGAUGCAAACGACAACUGAUCGCUUUGGACUUUUGGGUUUGUUAAGUGUUAUAAGGAUGAAUGAUGCAGAUCUGACAUCUCUUGCUUUGGGAAUUGAUUUAACUACAUUAGGAUUGAGCUUAAACUCAAGUGAUAACCUUUAUAAGACAUUUGCUUCCCCAUGGUCUGAUGAACCUGCAAAAGGAGAGCCAGAGUAUACUAUCCCAAAUUGUUACUAUUCUAAGCAGCCGCCUCCUCUAACACAAGGGCAUUUUGCUAGGUUUCAGCUAUCGACAUUGUUUUACAUCUUUUACAGCAUGCCAAAGGAUGAAGCCCAAGUUUAUGCUGCACAUGAACUAUAUUCGAGGGGUUGGUUAUAUCACAAAGAACAUCAAUUUUGGUUCAUGAAAGUUCCAAACAUGGAGCCUCUUGUCAAAACUCAAACAUAUGAAAGGGGUUCCUAUCUUUGUUUUGAUCCCAAUGCAUGGGAUACAGUACGUAAGGAUAACUUCGUUCUUUACUAUGAGGCCAUAGAGAAGAAACCAACAGUACCCCCGGUGCGCACCAUGCAUUAGCUACAAUUCUUGAUGUAUAGAUUUUCGGGAUGCCGUUUGUUCAUUGAUCUUAGACAUAACUGGCCAGUUUUAUUCACGAGCAAUCGGCCCCCAUCCUCUUGUUUCAUCUCUUAUUGAUCAAACUGAGGUUAAGAGAAGUAGGUUUCAUUCUGGAAUUGUAGAUUAUACAAAGCAUGGUCAGGUACGAAAUCUCACCUCUUACAAGAUCUUUUGGCUUUGCUUUGUCCUGCUGAUGUUCAGUUUUCUUUAGGAAUAGGCUAUAUAUGAUGCAUCCUGUAAUUGUUGUUGACUUGUUAUACUUGUUUCCAGUCAUCAGCAAUGUACUGUUUCCGAUAAGUGUUGUCGUCUUGUUAUACUUGUAUCCAGUCAUCAGCAAUGUAAUAUACUGUCUUGUUAACAGUUCUCUUUAAUUUUGCAUUCAAAAUUUUUCUAGUGACUUUUGAGCCUC